GGGGUUUAAAUCCAUCGCACUUAGCAGAUAUCGUACGACGUUUUUUUCACUCCGAUUUAUUCCAGUUUCUGUUCGUCGAAGUGGAAGAACGAUGGUGAACACUUUCCAGGAUCAUCACGGGCUGUUGAGGAGCUGGACGAAUGCAUUGAAGGUCAUGGGGAUGUGGAGAAUCGACCAAAAUUCGUCACCGGUCAGGCGAUAUCUUUACAUGUCUUACAAGUGUUUCAUUCUGUCGCUGAUAUUUUUGUUCAUCUUAGCUUUGGCGGCUGACAUUUUUUACUGUUCCGACAAUCUUCUCAUAAUAACCGACGACGGUUGUAUACUGGCCGGAUUGUCCGUGAUAUUCUUUAAAAUUAUGAAUUUUCAACUUUAUUUGGAUGACCUGGAGAAAUUACUGGACACGGUUCAUCGGGACACCAAAAAGCUGCACGAAGAAAAAAAUGCGAAACACCUGAAGAUUUGGAAACAGUACUUCAUGAUCGAGAAGUUCUUCGUGUACAGUUUCGGAACUCUCGGCUGUUUCCUGGUUAUCACACUGCUCUUUUUCACACCAACGGAAAUCGGAGCCCUGCCGAUAAGAUCGCGAUAUCCCUUCGAAGUGACGGAUCCUCCUGCUCAUCAAAUAAUGUUCAUUUAUCAGGGAACCGUGAUCUCUAUAUCGAUGGCCGCGAUCGUGAUCAUAGACAACACCAUGCUCACGUUGUGCAAUCACGCAUUUUGCCAUUUCAGAAUAUUGAGAGAUGAAUUUAGAAACUGUCGCAGCAAAAGUGCGGCGGAUCGUGAAAAGUCGAUCGGUGAGAAGGGGGGAAAAAAAUUGUUCAAACGUCGCGAGACGUACGACGAGACGGAGGUGAAGGUUGACGACAACCCGAAACCUUUCCGAACGAAUUUUUUCAAAUGCAUUCGACACCAUCAGGAAGUCAUAGAGUUCGUCGAGAAUAUAGACAAUUUUUCAAGCCCUCUCAUGUUCGUUCAGCUAAUGAGCAGCAAUGUCAUGAUCUGCUUGACCGGAUUUCAGGCGAUUUUGGUGGUAGGGCAAAAUUCCGGCUUCAUGAAGUUCGCCGUCUACCUAAGCGCGGCUUUUUUGCAAUUACUCAGCUGGUGUUGGUUCGGAAGCGAGCUUAUACAUCAGAGUACUUCCGUGGCCGAUGCGAUCUGGUCGACUUCCUGGGAACUUGAAAAAAUAACUCCAAUGAAGUCACUGAUUACAAUUCCGCUGCUCCGGGCAAAGAAACCGUUAAAAUUGACAGCGGGUAAUUUCUACGUGAUGUCAAUGGAGACUUUCAUAUCCGUUCUCAGCGGUUCCUACUCCUUUUUCGCAUUGCUGAACACGAUGAACGAAUCCGCUAAAUAAAUCGGUUUAUACGAUAAAAAAAAAAGAAGGCAAAAAUUGCUCGGACAAAAAUUUGAAAAAGAUGGCGAUACCGAUACGGCACGGGCAGCUUUGCAUCUUUACGAUUAUUGCUGUUCAAAAACAGGACUGCUAUUUUCGGAUCAUCAGGAUCAACUUCGAAAUACACGUACACGAGACCUCGCCAUCUCUUACGAGCAAUUGAAUUUCAGAGCGGUUCACUUUUAAUUAUUUUCCAACGGCCGGUAAGAGUUUGUAAAAAAAAACGAAAAAUUUCCUCCCAUAUUUGGUAAUUUUCGUAAUCUCCGAUGCGUCCAUAGUUGAAAUUUCUCGUGUUUACGUCCAUUAACGGAAAUUAUAUUAUAUAAUAGACAACUUCUUGCCGUUCGAUGUUUAGCAGGUAACGUUUCUCGGACUCGAGUCGUAUAAUCGUUUUCCGCCGGUCGUUAAAACGCGGAGUAUUAUAAGCCAUUAUAUUAUAUCCUUCCCUCAUACUUUCUACCGACAACUUUUCUUCUCACGUACGUACAUACAUACCUCACACAAUUCUCUUCUACGUACGUUAAUAUAUCCUCGGCGUCAUUUUAUCGCUUUCCUUUUAUACGCACUAUAUAAAUAAACUCACAGUGCAACCCGUUCCGAUAUACAGGUGUGAAUUUAGCGUCCGCAUUGUCAUUUCGCCGAAAUUUUAUACUACACACACACACACACACACCACCUACCAACUGUAAAGUUUAAAAUUUAUUUCUGUUUGUUCAGCGCUAAGGGAUUUUCAAAUCUUCGUACGUACCGCCGAAACUACCGGGAUAUUACAUUACAUUCGAACCGGUAGAUAUACAUUAGCGGUUAUUGAUUAGCGAAUCAAUCAAUAACUCAAGUUCGAAUGAUGAUCGACCGCCGCAUGAUUAAUUGUUAUACACGCACCCAUGUGGACGAACCGUAUAAUCAUUUUGUGUACACAGUACAGGAAUAAAUAUACACAAGUGUAUAGUGUAACAUAUCUACCGAAUUGUUAAUAAAAAAAAAAAAAAACCAAACAAAUAAAUAAAAUAAAUGAAAUUAGUGAGAAAAAAUUACGUAUAGAUUGACCUGCGCCUGAUCAUGAGUGAGAGAAGUAUAAUGAUAUUUUAUUGGAAUAAAAAAUAUAUGAAAAAUGAA